AUGCAAUCUCAGUAGUCGCAAGAUGCCAUUAUUACGCAUCUGAGCAAAAAUUGUAUCAGAGAAAUGAUUGAGAAUGAGUCCGAUGUCAAAGCCAACAAGUAUUCCUUUGUGGUUCAGGUGCUGUCACCCAAAGAUGUGGGUGAAAUGACUGAAAAGCAAAAAAAAGAUAAAUUAAAAGCAGUCAAAUUAAAGUUCUUUAUGUCAGAUGGGGUAUCAUAAGUAAUGACUCUAGUCAAUAAUCAGCUGUUCUCUAAAAUGGUAAUAAUGGAAGAUAUGCUUGAGAAUUAUUGCAUUAUUCAGAUCUCAACUUAUAUCAAGCAAAUGGUCAGCAAUAAAAAUAUAAUUGUUCUGACAAAGCCGCCUAAGGUACUAUACAAAGAAAUGAAGACCAAAAUUGGUAUACCCAAAGAUGUAGAUUUGAAUAUCAAAGAUGGUUUUCAAGUUGAUCCCUCCUCUAUUGAUAUCAGUAUUCCAAAAGACAUAAUUAAAAAAAACUAUCCAGGCAUAGAGGAGAGAGAAGGUGAAGUGUCGAUGUCUUAAAAUACUGAAGAAGGUGAGAAUUCAAAUAAAAGUCUCAACCAUAGUCAAAGAAAUAAUCAAGAUUCAUAAUAAAACUACAAUAAUUACAACAAUAACAAUUAAAACUAGCAAUAAUGCUAUGGCAGUAAUAACUAGUAAAACUUUAAUAACAAUAAUCCAGAUUACCGUGGAGGGGACUAAUACGGAGGAAAUUAACAGUUUAGUAUAUACACACCAAUCAAGGCGCUAUCUUCUUUCAAUUAUGACUGGAGAAUCAAAGCUAGGGUGACAAAGAAGCAAGACAAGAAGAUCUGGAAAAACUCAAGAUCUGAAGGCUCACUUUUGAAUAUUGAGUUAAUGGACUGCUUUGGAACUCAAAUUCAGGCUACUUUCUUUAAAGAUUCUGCAGAUAGAUAUGAUCAAAUAAUCAAAGAAGGAAAUAUUUAUUUAUUCUCAAAUGGCUCAGUGAAAAUUGCCAACUAAAAAUUCACACAAAUCAAGAACGACUUCUGUUUAGUGUUUGAUAAAAACGCUGAUAUUGUUGAAGUUCCUGAUGAUCAAUCAAUUCAGGAACAGGCUUUCAACUUCAUUAGCGUCAAGGAUAUUGUCAAUAUUGAUAGAAAUAAGACAGUGGAUGUGAUUGCAGUCAUUCAUUAAGUGAGUUAAGGAGUAGAUAUAUAAACCAAAUCUGGUCUUUAAAAAACUAAGAAAAUGAUAACAAUAGCGGAUGAAUCAAAGCUUAGCGUCCAAAUUUGUAUUUGGUCAGACAAUUAAAGAGUGUAUAAUAUGAUUACGGAAGACAGUGUUGGCUAAAUCAUAACCAUCAAAGGUGCUAAGGUUGUUGAUUUUAAUUAUAAGCAGCUAACUCUGAAUGAGGAAGCUAUCGCUAUACUAGAUAUUGACCAUCCUCGAGCUGACUAAUUGAAUGAAUGGUACCGAAAUUUACUGAACAAAGAGAUAAUUAAAAACAUCACAACAAAAAUUGAGAAGGAAAAUAAUUCAAAUUAAAGAUAAAAUGAUAACUUUCGCAUGAUCUCUGAGGUAAUAGAUCACCUAAAUUAAGCUAAUUAAAUGAAGCCAAGCUAUCUAGCUGGAGGAUAGUAAUAAGGAUUCUUUUGGAUAAACUGCCAUAUCUCCUACAUUAAAAAUGAUGAUAAAAUAUACUAUUUGGCUUGCCCAGAAGAAAACUGCCGCAAAAAGGUAAUAGAAGAGUAGAACGUCUACAGAUGUGAGAGUUGCUGCAAAUCCUAUGAUAACUGUGUACCAACAUAUAUGGUAUUGGCAAAGAUUUAAGACUAAUCUGAGUCAAUCUUUGUUAACUUCUACAGAGAGCAAGGGAUCUAAAUUAUGUAAGUUGGUGCUGAGUAGAUUAAGAAGCUUAAAGAUGAGCAGAAUCAAAGCUAGCUGAAUGAAAUUUUCUUUGAUGCUCAGUUUAGAUAUUAUCAGAUACUAGUGAAAGCCAAAUAAAUAAGUAAUCAAAAUGAUGAGCAAAGAAAUACUUAUUUUGCAUCGAAAGUAGUACCGCAUUCCUUCCAUACAGAAAAUAAGGAGAUUUUAAGACGACUCGCUUUGUACAGCCAAAUUGCUGAUAUAGAACAAUGA